AUGCUCGAUUCAAUACUGGAACACCUUCAAGCUGUGGGUUCUUCAUCAGAAACUGGACCCGCAAGAGCAGCAUUAAGUGUAGGAUUUGUUGGUUACACUAUCUUAAUCUACGACUAUUUUUGUACUCUACAGACCGAGGUUGACACUGCAUGGACGCGUCCACGGUCAAUAGGGUUGACUUUAUUCUUCCUUAAUCGAUAUUUGCCUGUGUUGGAUAUUUUUUUCUUUCUGCGCCCCUUAUUGGCUGGAGAUGUGUCUCAGAGCGAAUGUAAAAUUGUUUAUCCGACUACUUUCUGGCUUGUCACGCUUGGUCUGAUCUUAUCUCAGUGUAUCUUGAUUCUUCGAACAUAUGCAAUAUGGGGGUGUAGGAAGCUGGUACUGUGGAUCAUGGGACCUUUCAUGAUGAUAAUCUUCAGUACCAUGCUCGCUGCCACCUCAUGGAAGACCUACCUCGAUUAUAAAAAAAUCCAGACCUUUUCGUUGGACUUGCCCAUUCCAGAUGCCUUGAAAUGCAAAAUCGCAUUUCUCACCAUCGACAAUCGAGGACGCGUAGCAUUGCUUGUUAUUUAUGCCAUGGUGUUCUCGGGAGAAGCGUUAAUUGUUGGAUUAACAAUAAUCCGAGCUAGCUAUGACGUUGAUAGGUUCACCCCACGGUGGGUUGUUCAGUUAUAUAAAAACGGCAUACUGUACUGUGUCUGCAUGCUCACCCUUACCCUAGCAAAUAUUAGUGUGGUAUUCGCAGCGCCGUAUGCUUUUAAACCCGUCCUCCUACCCAUGCAGCGUUCCUUACACUCAAUUUUUGCCAACCGUGUAAUGCUCUUGAUAUUUCGCCAACGGAGAAAUAAUGCUCUCAAUGCUAUAGAGGAUAAUGGUCAGCAGCGCCCGGCAACAUUUGCGACGAGCACCAUGGCUGUGUUCACGACCGCAAACGUUGUGAAUCUGGAGAAUGAAUUUGGUCAGACCUCAUGGCAGACAAGGGCACAACUGGAAUGGUUUCAGUGA